AUGCCACAUCAACAACGUUACAAUAAUGGUUCUAUGACAAAUAACGAGGCAAUAGAGAGACAACGACAAUAUGAAAUGUUUCAAGAGUCUUUACCUAAGGUGAAUAAAAUAUUGUUCCAAAUGAUUCUAAAUGAAAUUAUUCCGCUCUCUGUUCGUAUUGAAAAUCAGUUGACACAAGGUAAUGAAUUCCAAAAUGAUACAAAACUUGAUACUCUGGGUGAUUCUUCCUUUGAUAAAGCUUCUGAUUUGGAUAAUAUUACUAAAUUGAAAGAUUUAUCCAUUAAUGCAAAAGCGAAUUCAGAGACUCAUUUAGGAAAUAUAUCAUCACCUGAUGAUGUUUUAAUUUAUAAAUUAUCACAGUCAGUAGACGAGAAUGAAAACAAAUAUAAUAAUAUAUUAAAAAGGAUUAGAGAUAUAGGUAUCAAAAUUGGUACUAAAUUAGUCAAUCUACUAAUAUUCACUAAUAACAUCAAUUUAAAUUUUAAAGAGAUGGACUUGUUAUUGAUAAUGAAGUUCAUUUGUCGUGAUGUUUGGAAACACGUUUUUGGCAAACAAAUUGACAAUUUAAAGACUAAUCAUCGUGGAACAUUUUAUUUAACUGAUUUAGAAUAUCCUCUUUUACAAUCUUUUUGUAUUGAAACUAAUACUAUUCCAUCUCAAUUAAACGAAAAAUUUAUUUUAAAUAAAGAAUCAAAACUUGUUGAACCAUUUUUAGAGUUACCAGUAGGCAUCAUUAAAGGCGUAUUAUUGUCAUUAGGAUACCCUCUUGAUGAGGUUAUAUGCUUAGCUACAUUUAUUGAUAAACCAAAAGAAAGAAUAAAAAACAGUUUCCCUAAAGGUAUAAGCUUUCAUGUACAAAUCACUAAAUCAUUCUUGCCACAACAACAGAAACAAUAA